UUUUCUUUUUGGGUUAUCUGAAAUUGUGAUCGUUCUUUAGUUUUAGGGUGGGGAAAGAGAGGGAUUUCUAUUGUGGGAUUCGGGUGUGGGCAUUUCUGGUUUAGGACAAAAAGAAAACAUUGGGGUUUUGUGUCUUCUCUAGCAUUCUCGCUUUUCCUUAAAAGAACUUGUAUAUGUUAGAUUCGAUGAGAUGAGAAGGGUAGCAAGUGAAUGGGGUUGUGGCUUUAGAGGAAAUGGGAUUAAGAACACUUGGGUACAUAAUGGUCUGUGUGAUGCUUCUUUUUUUGGUGGCCAUGGUUGAUUCUGCAAAUCAUCGACCUGAGGUGAAGGAAGAAAAACUGGCAAAAGAGGCAUGGAUCCGAUGCAGGAAACAUAUAGGGGACAAUAAAGGUUUUUCGAAAGAUUGUGACUUGUACAAUCUACUGCAAUCAAUGAGUGAAUCGGAAUCAUCUUCAUUGGCUAGAAAAAGCAUGCACAAUGUCAUCAGAGUUAUGCCCAUACAAAUGAAAAGAGAACUCCUUCAUUGCGUGAGAAACAAAAAUCUUCUUUCUGAUGAUUUUGCUGAUGGUGGUAGCAGCUCUACGCGAUGGCUCAUAGAGUGUUUUCGCAUAGCUUUGAAAUGUCCUAUUAGUACUCAAAGAAGAUAUAUGUCUAGUAAGCGUAAUGUCAAAACUGCGUUAAAUUCUCUAUCACCUGUAACAUCUCAGUCGGAUAGCCCUGCAAUUUCUAUAAGGUCUCAAGCUUAUGGCUCAACCCCACCCUCUCUACAUGAAUCAUCACUUAUCACCACUUCACAUUACAAUCCUCUGGGCCUACUAUUUUAUGAAGCAAACCUUCAUCAACGUCGGGAACUCGAGUCAUCAUCAACACCCUCUGUUUCAGACUCUAAGAAAAAACGCAAGAAACAUAAAAAGAAAUCAAAGGAAGAAAUUGAGAGACAAACACUUGUUGCUAUUAUAGCUACUUCAGUAGCAACCUUCUUGAUUGUUGCAGUAUUAUUUUGUUGCUGGAUUUGCUUAAGGAAUAGUGAAGCUGAAAUUAAUUAUAUUGAAGAGAAGCGAGAUGAGAGGCCUCUACUCCACUUGCGUGAUUCUUUUGCUAGUUCAUCUCUAGCUUCUGCAAGUAUGGCUACUUCGAGUGCUAACGACCCAAAGUCUAUUGGUGUUGUAAACGCAACACUUGUAAGCAACCUAUCUAUGCAACAGGAGAAACAAGAAGGUGUAACACUAGAGGGACAAUCAUCAGAGACAAAAGAAAUUGCAGGAGAUGAACUUCCACCUCUAAAACCUCCACCAGGAAGAACAGUGGCACCCCCACCACCAGCGGCACCUGCUCCACCGCCACCUCGUCCACCUCCCCCAGGAGCUCCAGGACCUCCAGCACCCCCAAAACCCCGCCCCCCACCUCCUCCUAAAUCAAAUUUAAGGCCUUCACCUCUUGGACCAAAGAGGCCUAAUAAGAGUGGCUCUAACGAUGAUGGUACCGAUGAUGGAGGUCAAAAAACUAAAUUGAAACCUUUCUUUUGGGAUAAGGUUAUGGCCAGUCCUAAUCAAUCCAUGGUCUGGCAUGAGAUUAGUGGUGGAUCUUUCCAGUUUGAUGAAGAGAUGAUAGAGUCACUUUUUGGCUAUAAUGCCAAUAAGAAUAACAAUGAGCGUAAGAGAGAGGUAGUUGACAAUUCAGUUCAGUACAUUCAAAUUAUUGAUCCGAGGAAGGCUCAGAAUCUAUCUAUACUUUUGAAAGCAUUGAAUGUGACUACAGAAGAAGUUCUUGAUGCUCUUCGAGAAGUUACGCUUGAAAUCUUGUUGAAUGCAGCUAACGAGCUUCCAGUGGAGCUUCUCCAGACUUUGUUGAAGAUGGCACCAACCGCAGAUGAGGAAUUAAAGCUUAGGCUAUAUGCGGGUGAGAUUGCUCAACUAGGCCCUGCUGAACGUUUCCUCAAAGCAUUGGUGGAGGUCCCUUUUGCUUUCAAAAGAAUUGAAUCCCUAGUGUUUAUGAGUUCCCUUCAGGAAGAAGUUACCACUCUCAAAGAAGCCUUUGUGACCCUAGAGGUAGCUAGCAACAAGCUCAAAAAUAGCAGGUUAUUCUUGAAACUACUGGAAGCAGUCCUCAAAACUGGCAAUCGAAUGAAUGAUGGCACAUACCGAGGUGGUGCAUUAGCAUUCAAGCUCGACACUCUUCUAAAGCUCUCAGAUGUCAAAGGAACGGAUGGAAAGACAACUCUUUUACACUUUGUUGUUCUAGAAAUCAUUCGUUCUGAAGGCAUUCGAGCAGUACGAGCAGCAAAGGCAAACGCAAGCGUCUCUAGCGUGAUGUCAGAUGACCUCAGCGAGGACCCCAAUGAUAAGGCAGCAGAGGAACACUACUGCAACAUUGGUCUUCAAGUAGUUUCGAGCUUGAGCAACGACUUUGAUGAGGUGAAAAAGGCGGCUGUAUUGGACGCUGACAUGUUGUCAUCUACACUGGGAAAACUCAGGAAAUCAUUAACGAAGGCUAAAGCUUUUGUGGAGUCAGACAUGAAGAGCGAUGAAGAGAGCGAGUUUUAUGCAGCACUUGUUGGCUUCAUGAAUCGAGCUGACUCAGAUAUUGCCUGGCUUUCAGAGGAAGAGAAGAGGAUAACAGCACUAGUACAGAGCACAGCAGAUUACUUCCAUGGCAAGUCGGGUAAGGAAGAAGGCUUACGACUUUUUAGCAUUGUUCGGAGUUUCUUGACAAUGCUUGACAAGGCAUGUAAAGAAGUGAAGGAAGCGAGAGCUAAGAAAGUGCCUGCAACGAAAGUGUCGAUCAAGAAAGAUAACUUAGGUGAGGCGUCAAGUUCAGGAAUUCAACAACAACAACAACAGGUUGAGAAUCAAAAUCAUCAUAAACGGUUGUUUCCAGCCAUUGCUGAAAGGCGGAAUAAUGAGUCUUCUAGUUCAGAUGAUGAAAACUCAAUCUACAAUCUUGUACAUGUACACACUUUCUUGUUUGUAUAUUCACCCAAGUUAGAGAAGGAAAAAUUUUCAUUUUUAUUUUUUGCUAGAGUCUAUUUAUCAAUUUUUAGAGACAAAGAUGGUAUUGAAAAUCCAUUACAGAAAUGUAAAUUGCACCUCACUAAUUGAUAAUUGUACGAUUAUGUCUUACUCAAAUGCCUCAUUGUUUUGUACUAG